UAUUAUUACUAACUAUGAGGAUAAUGAUAUUAUUGUUAAUACAAACCUUUCUUAUCUUUUUAAGAAUUAUCAACCACUUUUUAAAUAUAGUGAUAACCUUUCACUAUUGUCUGAUAAUUGUGAUGAUUUUAAUAUAAGUAUUUCAUUACUUGAAAAUGAUGCUUCUG